CCCCAGUCUUGUCUAACCAGUCGAAGCGUUCCAAACACAAAACACAAAACAAAUCACUCAAUCAGCCAUGCGUUUCUUUGCCUUGAUCGCCCUCUGCCUGUUCGCCCUGCUGUCGCUCACCGUGGCCCAGGAGGAAUUCUGCCCGUGUCCGCGCAACUUGGCGCCCGUCUGCGGCUCGGACUCCAAGACCUACAGCAACAAGUGCGACCUGGACUGCCAGGCCACAAAGGCCUCCCGAGAGGGCCGCAGCCUUACAUUCAUCAAAGAGGGCCGCUGCUGAGCAUAAUAUAAAUAACUAAAGCCGAUUUAUGCUGAAAAUAAAUACGUGUCCAAUGUGACCUUUCUAUGGAGUA